AUGGAACCUCCACCACGACGCCUUUUACCAGAGCGAUGCGUCAUCAUAUCUGCCUUUAUUGCCAGCGGGAAAACGUGGCUCACUCUAAAUUCAAAACGCCUCGAUCUAUCCGGAUUUAACAUCUUGGAUCUGGAUUCCUCAGUGAUACCCAAAGAGAAUGGGCAGCGCGCAAGCAACUUUAAAGAGCUGUACAUGGCAAAAGUGAGGGGGUCAAUAGCGCCAAACACAAUCAUCUUGAUAUCAACGCAUGAGGAAAUACGAUCGGCUCUGGCUGAAGAAGGACUCCCUUUUGCACUGGUUUAUCCGCUUCGCGACUUGAAGGAGGAGUGGAUAAAGCGUUUGGAAUUGAGAAAAUCUCCUCCAGGUCUAAUCAACAUUGUUCAAAAGGACUGGUCAAUGAUGCUGGGCGAAUGCGAGGAACAAGGCGGCUGCUCACAUUUUAUGCUGGAAAAGGGACAAUAUUUGUCGUACAAGAUUGGAGAUAUUAUUGAACGGAUGAUUCCCAGAUAA